GACAUAACAAGUAAUGUGAUUAUGAGUGCGGGGUCCGUUAAAUUAUACUAGAAUAUACAGAAAAGCACACAUGUCAAAUCAUCCGUGGAAACGAGAUGGCCGACGAAACCGGCGUCGACGCACACCCAACGGAAUAAUUAGUGCCAUAUAAAAUGCUAGUGUUCGAUGACAAAAACACAGUGCACUUCAAUUGCUUACUGGAAUACAUUGUCAGCGAAAUGAACAAGUAUUUGACGGUAUGUUGCCUGAUGGCAUCCGUUGCGAUGGCGUCGGAGUAUGGACCCUCGCUCGGAUACGUAAACUAUGCGACCAUCGACAAAAUUCCAAACCCGAAUUACGAGUUCAACUAUGCGGUCAAUGACCCGUCAACCGGAGACAACAAAUCUCAGUGGGAGAAACGUGAUGGAGACGUCGUCAAAGGUUCCUACUCGCUGGUGGAGCCUGACGGCAACGUGCGCGUUGUAGAGUAUACCGCGGAUUCCGUGCGAGGAUUCAACGCGGUCGUCAAAAGGACCGGCCCUAAUGUGCACUCAGUAUCGACAGUGUACGGACAAAUUGCACCUAAGAUACAAGAACCGAUCGUAUUAACACCAUCCUACCAGUACCAAGCGCCGAUCGCUUCAUAUCAACAUAUCGCUCCUAUUGCUCCAAUCCUAGAGGAGCCGUCUUACUACGCCGCGCCCGCACCCGUUGAAGAACCAAUCGCACACGGACCGGUAUUAACUCCAUACUUGGAUACUGCUCCACUCUUAGCGCAGUACCAAACGCUGGAUUACCUCCCAUACCCAAUACAAGCACAAAAUCCCUCCUGGGUAUCGGUAUCCGGCACCUCGUAUGGCCACAAGGGCAACAUUGUCCGAAGAUGGGCCACAGGUCCCAUCGCCAUAGAUGGUAAAACGCUCACUAUUAAAACUAAGCAUUAAGGAUGAUUAUCGCUUGUGCCAAAUAACAGUAAGCUGAAACUUCUAUGUAAGUAACCUACUAGUUACUCGCGACACUUGUGUGUUUUUGCACAUUGUAUAGUAUUGCACGUGUAAAACAACACAUAGGUCUUAUUAGAAGUUAAGAUGUAAAGUAAUCGGAGACUAGAGAAGUGUACCUGAUUUUAUACGAAUGUAAAUAAACUAUUAUUAUGAA